AUGGCAGACCGAGCCAGUCAGCUCGAGGCUUACAAAGCGACUGCAAGCGACUGCCGCUCUCGCGUGGAAGCGGCUGCGACCAAAGACGAGGCGCUGAGCUUGGCCAUCAGCGCAGCCGAGAAUCUCAUCAAGGCGCUCAAGUUGGCCUCGAGCCCAGAUGAGAGAAAGCAGCUCAAGACGCAGUGCGGCGAGGUCAUGAAUGUGGCCGAUCGCAUCAAGAAGACUGCAAUUUGGACGCCGGCCAUCAAACCACAGCCGAGUGGCUCGACAAACGAGCACAUUGGCCAGUGGGCCGCACAAGUCGCUUCAAGUGCAGACCCAUCUUCAGUGCCUUACGAAGACACCGCUUCGCAGUCAGGCUCGUUGCGCGAUGGCAUUUCCUCUAGCUCGGCACCUAGUUACCAGGCCUAUGCAACACCAGGUAAAUAUUCUUCUUCUUCAGCUCCGGCAUUUACUGCACACGCAAGUCACUUGUCGGCAGAAUCUUCCAUUCAGGGGUCUGGUGACAGCACUUUGCUGUGCAAUGACAGCGUCUCAAUCAAUAAACCAGGUGCAUUCACUAAUACAUCACACGAAGAUAGCUUCGAUAACAGACCCAGCAAAGGCCCUAUCGUUAACGACACAUCUCGGCCGAGUGUGAGGUCAUCCCCAGAACCCUAUCCUUCCAACACAUAUUCCCAUGAACCAGCGCCAUCGAAUGCCCCCCAGACCCAGAUAUAUAGACUUCGCGAGCCUAUAUCAAGCAGGAAAUUGCCUCCCAGGGAGAGCAUCAUCCUGUUGAAGUCAUCUCGGGUCAAUGGAUUCAAGUUUCCGCCCUGGGACAAGAACCCAUCCGCAGACGAGUUUGCCCUACGCAAAGGCGACGCCCACUUCGAGGAUCCGUGCUAUCUUACUCUUUCCCCAUACCAGCAACAAUUCUUCAAGGACUGGUUGCCGGCCCAAGAAGCUCUACCGCCUCCUUUGUUCAACCCCGAAAGCAGGGAAGAUACCGGUCCGGUAAUGUCUAGUUCGAGGCCUCUCGAUCUCGUACAAGAUGCGGCUACAGACUGCUCAGUGGUUACGAGCCUAUGCGCUGGUAUCGCUCGCGCAGAACGCGGGCACGAACAGAUACUCACGAACAAAAUAUACCCAUUUGACAAGAAUCUUGGAAGACCAGUGCGCUCUGCGAAUGGCAAAUACGUUGUACGCCUCAAUUUCAAUGGUUGUUGGAGAAAGGUGGUCAUCGAUGACCGGCUGCCUGUGUCUAGCACGCACCGACUGCUUCAUGUCAUUGAUCGCCGCAAUCCGGCUUUGCUGUGGCCACCACUUCUCGAGAAAGCCUAUCUCAAAGUCCGCGGAGGAUAUGACUUCCCGGGUAGUAACUCAUGUGGCGAUCUGUGGGCGUUGACCGGUUGGAUACCAGAACAAGUCUUCUUGCAGGAGUCAGACACUGUUCCGGACGAGAUAUGGAAGCGCAUCUACAACGCCUUCAUGUAUGGGGAUGUUCUCGUUACUGCAGGCACAGGCAAGAUGUCUCGUAAACAAGAGCGCGAGCUUGGUCUUGAGGGCCAGCACAGCUAUGUUGUACUGGAUAUGAAGGAGACGGGCCAAGACCGGCUAUUGCUUGUGAAGAACCCAUGGGUAGAGGGCAAGGGGUGGCGGGGGCCUCGUCCACCUGCUGCGGUGGCCAUGGACAAGUCCAUAUCCCACGGAGAGACUAACAACGGCGUGGAAAUCUAUCACCGGGAUAGUAUUCCGACUGAAGAUCGACCAUACCCAACGACAUUCUGGAUAGGGCUUGAGCAAGCCAUACAGCAUUUUGAGAGUCUGUAUCUGAACUGGAAUCCGGGACUCUUUGGUUAUCGACAAGACAUUCAUUUUGAAUGGGAUGUCAGCAUCCCGUCGCCGGAUGGAUGCAUUGUCAAGCACCCACAGUUUGCUUUUACGUCCAAAGGGGGUGGACCUGUCUGGUUCCUCUUGAGUCGUCAUUUCCGGGACGUGCCAGAGACUACCAAGGAAGAGUCGGAUACAUUCAAUGACGGGAGCGUCCGGCCAGACAGUCAGGUCAGCUCCAACGGGGACGCACCGAAAGGCUACAUGAGCAUAUACAUGUGUACCGGAAACGGGGAGCGGCUUUAUAUGAAGGACACGUACCUUGAGUCGAGCGACUACGUUACAACACCGCAAUGCCUCCUCCGGGGCGAGACGGAUGCCAAGACAACAUACACUGUGAUUAUUGACCAGGAUGAUCUGCCACCGUCGACGUAUUCAUUUUCCUUGUCGGCAUUUGCCAACACGCCCAUUACGCUUGAGCCAGCGAGGCCACGGUUUCCGUUACAGAAGAUUGAAGAGGGAGCAUGGACGAGACAGACGGCUGGGGGCAGGACCGACUCGCCGAAUUACUUUGACAACCCUCAGUAUUCGUUGCAUGUCAGCCAAGGCGGAUCACUGGCGGUGCUGCUGACGAGUACAAAUCACGAGCAUCCGCUGCAUGUCAAGAUUGCGCUGGGACACGGGAAGAGGCUGUAUCGGCUACAGAGCCGCGACGUGAUGGCGGACUCUGGGGACCACCGCAGCGGAUGUGUAUUUGCAGAGAUCAAGGACCUUCAGGCUGGGCAGUACACGGUCAUUUGCUCACUUUUCGAGGCCGGGCUGACGGGGGACUAUACGCUGCGAAUUGAUAGCACGAGUGAGAUGGAUUUGAAACCGAUUCCGCGUGACGGAGCGGGAUUGCUGUCGAUGAAACUGGCGCCGGCAUGCUUUGGGGCGGAUGUGCACAAGGUGGCAGCGCCACUGCAGCCGUAUCGGCUGGCGUCAUACACGAUCAUUGCGCGCUUCUCCAAGGCGAUGAGCCCUCGUGGGAUGACGGAUUUGGGCAAGCUAGCGCGCAGCCCGCUGCGGCUCAGCGUUGAACUGGGACGGGGUCCAGAGCGCAAAUUCAUAGUGGCUAGCGAGCAGGGGGAGUAUGCGGAUUCUGCCACGGUUCGGUCCGAAAGCGUCAACAUUGAUCCGAAGCUCAGCAGGCAGGGGGAUAUCUGGCUUGUUCUGGACAGGCUGUCGGGGCCUAGGGGGCCCGUCGAGGAGUGGUACGAGGUGGAGAUGUACAUGGACACGCCCAAGGCAUGCGAGAUUGGGGUUUGGCGCAACUGGGACGAUUGA